AUGUCUCGCGUGUAUGUUGGUAACUUGGAUUCACGAGUGACCGAGAGGGAUCUCGAGGACGAAUUCCGUGUUUUCGGAGUUAUUCGGAGUGUUUGGGUUGCACGAAGGCCACCUGGUUAUGCUUUUAUUGACUUCGAUGAUAGGAGAGAUGCUCAGGAUGCUAUUCGUGAAUUGGAUGGGAAGAAUGGUUGGAGAGUGGAGCUUUCCCACAACUCUAGAGGUGGAGGUGGUGGCCGUGGCGGCCGCUCUGGUGGUUCUGAUUUGAAGUGUUAUGAGUGUGGUGAACCAGGCCAUUUUGCUCGUGAGUGUCGCUUGCGUGGUGGGUCAGGAAGACGCCGUAGUCGUAGCCCACCCCGAUUUCGAAGGAGUCCUAGCUAUGGACGAAGGAGUUACAGUCCUCGUGGGCGGUCUCCUAGGCGCCGCAGCUUAUCACCUCGUGGACGCAGCUACAGCAGGUCACCUCCAUAUCGUGGACGUGAGGAGGUUCCAUAUGCUAAUGGAAAUGGCCUUAGGGAACGUCGCAGAAGCAGAAGUAGUGAUCUUUUUAAGGCCCCAGCUCAGCUCUUCUGUAUGAUUUUCAAAAUUGUUGAGGACUGGAGCUGUCUAUCUGCUCCUCAAUUUCAUUGGCUCUCACUGUUUGUGAUUUAUCGGACUUUUGAGCUUUUUCAUGACAUGUGA